GAAGUCACCACUUAAAUAACAGCACCUCGAUCAUGAAGUUAUGAGUACGUGUCACCUUCUUCUCUCAAUAUCCCCCCUUUUCCCUGUCCCUACAGCUUCCCCCUCGCUCUCACAGAGCAGCAGAGCAGAGAGUCUCCUGCCUCAACCAAUCACAGUCCAGCUCUGCAACUCCACUAGCCGUUAUCCGUUCAGCAAAAAAGCACACAUCAACCACUUUCACGGCAGAUUUUGGCCUGAACCCAGAUCGAAAAUCUGUCCUCUACGCAAGCUUUCUUAGAGAAAAUUUGUUCCCCAAAUGUGUUGAUCCUUGUUUGCGCGUGCAGAGCCGUCGUGGUCUGUUUGCUGAGAAAUGCAGCACAUGGAGAGUGCAGAGAAGAAGAGGAAGAAGCCCCCCACUAAAGGGAAAGUAGUGACCAAGGAAGAUACUCCAGGAGGAGUGUGCUUCUUCUGCAAAGAUGGUGGAGACCUCAGAAUCUGCGACUUCAAGGGAUGCACCAAAGCUUACCACCAUGAAUGCGUGGGGAAGGCGAAAUCCUUCUUGGAUGACGACGCGUACUGGAAAUGCGCUUGGCACUCUUGCAUGCAAUGUGGGAAAUCGCCGAAGUUCCAUUGCUUUUGCUGUCCCAAGGCUGUUUGUGGGCGCUGCCUCUGUGAUGUCGACUUCGGCGUUGUGACGGAUACGAGAGGGUUCUGUGACCUCUGUUUGACCCUCGCUGGGCUGAUCGAGGGCACGAAAAAGGCAGCUCAUGGGCAGGAGGUGGACUUUGAUGCGCCAGAUUCUUACGAGUACUUCUUUAAGUACUAUUGGGAAGGGGAGGUUAAGGUCACAGACGGCUUGACUGCAGAAGUCCUGGUGUCUGCUGAAAAACAGCUAGAAAAGGAGAUAUUGGAUCGCCAAAUCGAAUUGGACCCCGUUUGUGAAUCGGAUUAUGCCGUUGUGAGUACUGGUAAACAGCGUAAAUCGAGGCGUAGGGGUAAGGUUAGCGAGGGAAAGCAUCCUGUCAAGAGGAAAAUAUUUAUGUCGAAGAAAAGGGAGUUCAGUGGAUGGGGCUCAAAGGUGCUUGUUGAAUUCCUUACUUCCAUAGGUAAAGACAUUUCUCAGCAACCGUCACAGCAUGAGGUUGCGGAAAUCAUUAAGAGAUACUCUGCAGAGAACAACUUAUUUGAUCCAGAGAAAAAGAAGCAAAUUGUCUGUGAUGCACAACUCAACAUGCUUUUCGGGAGGAAAUCAGUCAACAAAGACAGAAUACUUGGGCAUCUCGCUAAGCAUUUUGCAGAUAACCAAUCAGAUGAUGAUUUGGACUUACCCGAAGAAGAUUGGUUUGUGGUUGAUGGUGAGGAUGAUGUUCAGUUGGCCAAUAAGAAACCAAGAACCUCAGAAGCUAACUGCCGGGACAAGGUAGCAGCGGUUCCUCUUGUCAAGAGGAGAUGCUUUGCAUCAGUGACUACUGAGAACAUGAAGCUUGUGUUCUUGAAAAAAAGUGUCGUGGAAGAGCUGUCGAAGGAUUCUGAUAAUUUCGAUGUGAAGGUUGUUGGAAGCUUUGUGAGAGUCAAAGCUGAUCCGCAUGACUACUCUCAGAAGAACUCACAUCUCCUUGUACAAGUGACAGGUGUAAGGAGACAAUUUGGGGAAUCAACAGAGUGUAUUCUUCUGCAAGUUUCUGAUAUGAUGGGAGAUAUGCCAAUCUGCAAGCUUAGUGACGAGAACUUCACUGAGGAAGAGUGUCAGGACCUGCGUCAACGUGUGAAGAAUGGCUUCAUCAAGCGGCCUGUCAUUGUGGAGUUUGAGGAGAAGGUCAGAGUUCUGCAUGAGUCUAUUACAAAAGAUUGGAUUCAGCGGGAGUUGGUCAUACUAAAACGCCUCCGUGACCAGGCUAGUUUAAAGGGAUGGAGAAGAGAGCUUGCUGAGUAUAUGGAAAGAUUAGCCAAACUUCAGAAGCCAGAUGAGCAAUCUCGGUUGCUACAAGAGAUUCCAGAGGUUGUUGCCGAUGAAGAAGAGUUGGAACCUGCAUCUGAAGAAAUUUGUAAGGAUGGGCAAGAAGUUGUCGAAGAACCAGAAACAACUCUGAGAUUUUCGAAAGGGAAUAGGAUUAUUUGGUGUCCAACCGACCAAGCAGAUGUUGCAGUGAACUUCAAAAACGUUGCAGGAGAUGAAGUUGCUGAUAACUGUCCUUCCGGACUGGCUAGAUGUGGAAGGCUGUCUGACAAAGGCAGAGAAGAGAAGAGCAGAAACACGAAAACAAAUCAUCGAGGCAUCGACUGGAAGGCUGUGGCGAGCAUCAUCCGGACUAAGUUCCUGGACGUUGCACCCAAGCUGGCACAAAAGAAAAUACCCACGCCAGCAACUAAGUCACCUCCUUCCAUUAUCCAUGCACCCCCACUGCAGGAGAAAGAACAAAAGCUUCCUCCUCAACCGGUGCUGGAUGCCGAGGUGGAGGAAGAUGAGGAGACAGUCCCGGGGAAGAAGUUGGGACUUGGUUCACCCGACGUCUCGCUCGAGGAUCAAAGUCAUCCAAUGGAGCAAACUUCACAGUCCUCUGUUUCUGAAUCUCUUUCAUCCGCUGAGCUGCCACCCAAUCUCGAGCCGCUGAAACGUCCAAUGGAACAACAAGUGACUGUGGAGGUCCCCACAAGUGCCGCGAUCGACGCAAGCGCCGCAAUGCAGCUAGCACAGUCGCUCGCUGCAGUGCUCGAGCACCCUCCGGACCUCUCCUUGGAGGAUCCAUGGGCCAACAUUGCGCGGAUUGGCGUCCAGAUGCUGCUAUUGGCCGCACGCGGACAGCGCGAGAUGGAAGAACUGCUUGCCGACAGAACGCGCUUAGCCUCCUCUGUCGAACGUCUGCAGUCUGAUCUGGAUCACGCCAACAGACGCCGAGAAGAGCUGGUCAAGACGUGCGAGGAUGCGAAGCUAGAGGCUGCCAGGCUUGCAUCUCGGCUGGAGACCGAGCGCGAGAAGAUGCGUACCGAGAUCGAGGCCGAGUUGUUCAGCAAUUACGACGCGGAAUUGGAGGCGGAAAGAUCCCAAUUCAACAGGGAGAAGGAGGCGUUGCUGAAGGAGAAGAAUGCGCUUGAGCAAGAGAAGGAGACGCUGAAGCGAGACAAGGCGGCCACCAAGAAACACUUCGAGGAGUUGAAGCGCGCGAUGAAGGCCUGGGAAGGUCAGCUGACUGACUGACGAACUUUAAGGAUUACCUGUGACUAUUUUGUAUAGAAACCAUGCAAUGUCCUCACAAACUUGGCGUAACUUCUUCUGGUCAAGGUCUGUGAAGAAGAAACACACUAUUUGAGCUACGACUUUCAAAACAAUUCAACUCCGAUGUUUUUUUUUUUUUUUAUGUUAUUUGCAAUCUUGAUGGAAAAAAACCCUGUUUUGGCUGUGAAUUUUUUCUUGCAGUCCCAUAAAUGAUAAACCAUUCUGGUGAUAGAAAAUAUUCUUUGCCUAGUGCUAAAGGCCCCACACAACCGUUCUCAGCUUCCAUCCCAACGAAGAAUUGCAACGUGUCACCAUUAUUCUCUCACUAUCCCCCUUUUCCCUGUCCCUACAGCUUCCCUCUCGCUCUCACAGUCACAGAGCAGCAGAACAGAGUAGUGAGUCCCCUGCAACACCUCUCCACCAAUCACAGACCAAACCUCUGCAAACUCCACCGGCCAUUCUCCGCUCAGCCAAAAAGCACACGCCAACCACUUUCACGGCAGAUUUUGCCCUGAACCCAGAUCGCAAUUUGUCCUCUACUAAAGCCGUCUUACAGACAUUGCAGAAGUAGCCAGCCAAAUGUGUUGAUCCAGGUUUGUGCGCGCAGAGCCGUCCUGUCCUGGUCCGUUUCUUUUUUGCUGAGGAAUGCAGCGCAUGGAGAGUGCAGAGAAGGAGAAGAAGAGGAAGAAGCCCCCCACUAAAGGCAAAGUAGUGACCAAGGAAGACACUUCCGAAGGAGUGUGCUUCUUCUGCAAAGAUGGUGGAGACCUUAGAAUCUGCGACUUCAAGUAAGUUUUUUCUUCUUCUCUGUUUCUGCCUCGAUCGGUCCCUUUCCCGUUGUCUUUCUCCUCCUGUGCAGCUUUUCUAGUCGAUUCUCUGAUUUCUACCCACAUUUCGACUGGGAACGACGUCGUUCCGUUGUCAUCCCCUACCCCUGUUCAUCAGUUUUUCCAUUUGUGUGUGUGUGUGUGUGUUUUUUGUUUGGUAUUAACAUUUUCCCCUUGUUAACUGAGGACAGGGUCUGGCCCUAAUCCUUAUUCAGUGAGCUUCCUUCGGUUCCAAUAAUUUCAAUUUCGUAGC